ACAUCGACCGACUUCUAAACUAGAUAGUACUAUUUUGACGAGGAAUUAAAAAAAAAAAACACACAAAAAGGAAAAUAGAAGAAAGCGAAAAGUAAGGCAGAUGGACCCACGUCAUUCAAUCGUCAAAACAGCCGGAAUCCCAAUAUGGGUGUACUGGAAAAGAUAUCGGAAGCAUUGCAUAACAACGAGAAGAAGACGGUGGAGUUAAGUCAAAAAAUAUUUAAGUUAAUUUCGGAAUGGGGAACUUUUGAGAAGGACUUAGAUUUAUCCAGCAAGUGUUUGAAGGAAUGCUUCAAUGAGAUGGAAUCCAAGGAAAUGCAUUUAGGAUCAGUUCAAGAAUCAGUGGCGGAGAGCUUGAAGGAACUCAAUGCUAUUAGGGAAUCAGUUGAACGAAAACGCGAAGAAGUUGAGAGGAAAGAGGAGGAAUUGGAGUCGAAGUGGAAGGAUUUGAGUUUGGCACGAAAAGGGUUUGCUGAGACUGUGAAGUUAAGGGAGGAGAAGCUGAAUGAUCAGGAGAAGGUGGUGGAAAGGCUUUGGGAUGAGGUUAAAUUCGAGCGGAAACAAACAGGCGAUGUGGAGGAAAAAUUAAUUGAAAUUAGGUUGAAAGAGAAGAAUUUGAAUAGGAUUCAGAGUUGGAUUCACCAUGAAACACAUGCCCUUGAGUUGAAAGAUCAAGAAUUGGCUGAAAAGAUGGAAGAAAUUAAAGUCAAGGAACAUAAUUUGCAGUCCAUGAAGAAGGAACUUGAGGAUAGGGAAAUGGGGUUGGAAUCUUUAAAUAAAGAGCUGGUGAUAAAGGAAUGUAUGUUGGAUAAUGUGAAGAAAGAACUGAGGGUGAAGGAGAAUAACUUGGAUUAUGUGAAAAAGGAACUAAGGGAGAAUGAAAAUAACUUGGAACCUCUGAAGAAGGCUCUUGCUGUUAAGGAAAGUAGGUUGGAUGGUGUGAUGAAAGAAGUAAGAGUGAAGGAAAGUAAAUUGGGGAUAAUGAAGAAAGAACUUAGAGAAAAGGAAAAUAACUUGGAAUCUAUGAACAAGGAACUUGCUGUCAAGGAAAAUAGGUUGGAUAGUAUGCAGAAAGAAGUAAGAGUUAAGGAAAGUAAAUUGGAGAUUUUGAAGAAAGAACUUGGAGAAAAGGAAAAUAACGUGGAAUCUGUGAACAAGGAACUUGCUGUUAGGGAAAACAGGUUGGAAGGUGUGAAGAAAGUAUUAAGAGUGAAGGAAAGUAACUUAGACUAUUUGGAGAAGGAACUUAGAGAAAAUGAAAAAAAAUUGGAUUAUGCAAAAAAGGAACUAAGGGAGAAGGAGAUUAACUUGGAUUCUUUGAAGAAGGAACUUACUUAUAAGGAAAACAUGUUGGAUAGUAUGAAGAAAGAACUGCAAUUGAAGGGAAGUAACUUAAAUAUUGUGAUGAAGGAACUUAAAGAGAAGGAAAAAGAAUUAGAUUUUGUUAAAAAGGAGCUAAGGGAGGAGGAAAUUAACGUGGAUGUGGUGAAGAAGGAACUUUCUGUUAAAGAAAAUAUGUUGGAUAAUAUGAAGAAAGAGUUGGGAUUGGAGGAAAAUAACUUAGAUAUUGUGAUGAAGGAACUUAAAGAAAAGGAAAAAAACAUGGAUUUUGUGAAAAAGGAGCUGAGGGAGAAGGAGAAUGAAUUGGAGUCGGUGAAGAAGGAAUUCAAAGCUGAAGCAGAUAACUUGAUUGCUCUUAGGAAGCAACUUGAAUCUAAGGAGGUCUUCUUGUCCUCAAUGAAGAAGGAACUUGAGCACAAGGAGAAAUUUCAUGAUGUAAUGAAGAAGAAACUUGAACUCCACGAGGAACACUUGAAGUCAUUCAAUGAGAGACUCAAUUUGAGGGAGAGAGAGCUUGAUUCUAUUCAAGAAGCAUAUAAACAGCGGUUUGAAGAACUUAAUUCAAAGGAGAAGAAACUGGAUUCACUAGAGGAAUUUGCAAAAAAAAAAACUAUGAGGACUUUCAAUCAGAAAAGAAAAUAUUCCUGGUAGAGCAGGGACUUUUUGAGCAACGCA